CGACUCGCUCCUCCUCGCCUCGCCGUCCUGGACCAAGGCAGAGUGCUGAGCGUGUGUAAGAUGUUUUGACCUUUGGACCUUGCCUAUCAGCUCUUGGCCCAGUGCAGGCCUCAUUUUUUCCCUGCUAUCAAACAAUGAACACCACCCCAGGCACAGUGGGCAGUGACCCUGUCAUCUUGGCAACUGCAGGCUAUGACCACACUGUGCGCUUUUGGCAGGCGCAUAGUGGCAUCUGCACUCGAACAGUGCAGCAUCAGGACUCUCAGGUGAAUGCAUUGGAGAUCACACCAGACCGAAGCAUGAUUGCUGCUGCAGGUUACCAACAUAUCCGCAUGUAUGAUCUCAACUCCAAUAACCCCAACCCCAUCAUCAGUUAUGACGGAGUCAAUAAGAACAUUGCAUCUGUGGGCUUUCAUGAGGAUGGCCGCUGGAUGUACACGGGCGGGGAGGACUGCACGGCUCGAAUCUGGGACCUCAGGUCCCGGAACCUGCAGUGCCAGCGUAUCUUCCAGGUGAAUGCACCCAUUAAUUGCGUGUGUCUGCAUCCCAACCAGGCAGAACUCAUUGUGGGUGACCAGAGCGGUGCUAUCCACAUCUGGGACCUGAAGACAGACCACAACGAGCAGCUGAUCCCUGAGCCUGAGGUUUCCAUCACAUCUGCCCACAUUGACCCCGAUGCCAGCUACAUGGCAGCCGUCAAUAGUGCUGGAAACUGCUAUGUCUGGAACCUGACAGGGGGCAUUGGUGACGAGGUGACUCAGCUCAUUCCCAAGACCAAGAUUCCAGCCCACACACGCUAUGCCCUGCAAUGCCGCUUCAGCCCUGACUCCACGCUCCUUGCUACCUGUUCAGCUGACCAGACAUGUAAAAUUUGGAGGACAUCCAACUUCUCCCUGAUGACAGAGCUCAGCAUCAAGAGUAGUAACCCUGGAGAGUCAUCCCGUGGCUGGAUGUGGGGCUGUGCCUUCUCAGGGGACUCCCAGUACAUAGUCACAGCUUCCUCUGACAACCUGGCCCGGCUCUGGUGUGUAGAGACCGGAGAGAUCAAGAGAGAGUAUGGUGGCCAUCAGAAAGCUGUCGUCUGCUUGGCCUUCAAUGACAGCGUGCUGGGUUAGCCUCUACCCCUAGAGGCUGCGUUGGGCAGUCAGAAAUGCCUGGUAUAGUCGCUCCAAGUGGAUGGACCUGAACAAUAGCCUGGCCUCUCAGGUCAGCCUCUGCCUGUCAGGCCAGCCAGACCUGACCAGACUACCCUGGCCCCUUUUGGCCAACCUAGACUGUUGGCCACUCUACCUUGGGACUCUGCAUGCCCAGUUUGUUGUCAGAAGGCUCACUAAGCCAGACUACAUGGGCCUGGACUGGGAGUCUUUUCUCCCUUUAGAGGCUAGACCCAGAGGGCUUGGAACUGUUGAGAUCUGAGGUUGGUGCCUAUUUCCCAGGUAUGUUACCCCCCCCCACUUUUGUCCCUCUCUACCCCUAUAUAGGUCCUAAGGCCCCCAGAAAGUACCACCAUGGCCAGGUAAUCUGGGUUUAUUUGUCCCUACUGUCAGCUGCCCUUUGUUGGUGCUGGUGACCUGACCAGCUUGCUGACCUGUAGGAACAGGAGUGGCCUGUGGGACCAAAGGCCAUGAGGGCUUGGUAGGGGCUUAGUCUGGAAGGUAAUAAAAGCAGACGGACACACAGAUGUUGCUCGGGAAGCAGAUGUCAAUGCAGAGGUAGAUCAGCCGCUGUCUCUGGGGCCCUGGGGAGAAGGGAACUCAUGAGUCCCAAGGGCUCCCGCCCAGUACUGUCCUGCAGGAGCCCUAGGGCUUCUCACUCAACCUACCCCAACUCACCCGCUGCUCGUCGGGCCCAGUAGAUGGGAGUGUCCAUGCAAAGGUGUUGCACCGAAGCUCCCACUUGGGCAGGGUCCACGGUAUGCCCCCCCAAAACUGCCAGCAGCUCCUGGGCAUAGUGUGUGUCUUGGCCAGGCACAUAGGAUUCUUGGGCCUGCAGAGAGACUCUAGUGGGCCACCAUAUAGUACUUCCUUGAUCCUGGCUGGGUAGGGCAUUCAUAUCAGCCUGCUGGCCCUUCCACCUGCUUUUGUCAACAGCCUUAGUGAGGGGAAGAUAGAGCUUUCUGUUCCCCUGAAACCAGAGCCUUGGCUGGCCCAGCUGGGCUGCACAGAGGACCUUUUGUUUGUCCCCUGGCCUUGGGGGUGGGUGGGAGGGGUGGCAAGCCAAGUAGUACUGCUCACCCUUGAAGUGUUCACUAGCAGCCGUAGGGUCUCCCAAUCUUGGGCUUCCAUCAGACGGAGGAAGCAGGCCUGGUGCUCUGCAGGGCGGUAACAGAUGUAGCCCUGGGAAGGCAGAUAGGUAAGUCAAGGCCACCCGAUACCUCCGCUCUGUCCCCUCCCGAGCCCACUCACACUUUGCCCGUCGAACAGCACGGCCCAGCUGUGGUUGCUCUGAAGCGGAGUUACCACGAUAGUUGCCAUGUUCUGGGCCACGUCCACCAGAGUGGUUUGGUUGGACCAGGGUACUUUGGAGCUCGAGAAGGUCUUUUGGAGCAUCUGCAACAAUGGCUAAAGGGUUUUUGGAAUUCAGCCCUGACAUCCGUAUUUCCACAUCACCUAAGUAGGCCUUUGUUCCUUCUGGUUCUCUGCUCAAGGCCAGUGUUUAGGCCUGGCCCUGGGGGAGGGCUAACAGGUACUGGCCUUCCUGCCCACUGCCCACUUCCCACUCCAUGUACCCCUAGGCUUGGUGGGUGGCUCACCUUGGGAGGGCUGUACAUGAAGCCAAGAAGCCCUCCAGCUAUGGCCCCUGCAGUGGCCAGUGUCAGCAGUAGCAGCAGGCCUGCAGCUCUCCAGCCCCUAUGGCAGGGUUUAGUCUUCACCUGGGGGCACAUUACUGUCAGUGGGGCUUCUGGCUUAGAGACCAGGGAGCCGACUUCCUCAGGGAAAGGGUUGAUGGUCGAUGGUAACACUCGUCUCCUGCGGUAUCUAGGUAUCUACCCCUGUGUUCUUGUGUGGGGGUGGUAGAGACACUUACCUCAACAAGCCUGGACCUGAGGCUCUCGGUGUGGAUGUGUCUUUGCUCCAUGCUACAGCCCCUGCUGACAAUGCACUGAUUGUCUACGGGCCCCUUGGAGGAGUCAGCCAGGGAAACCUCAGGAUGCCUUUGACAGUCAAACUGUAUCCUCCCUCCUGACCCCGCUGCUUCCUUCCAGUAUCUGAUAGCCCGGGUCAGAGCCAGGACAGCCCUCUCUCCCACUGUGAUGAUUACUGGUCACCAGGCAUGUCUCUGGACAGCUGGCCUAUGCAGAACAUGGUUUCUGUGAGCAAGUGAAAGCAGGGCCUUGGUAGGAAGUCAGAACAACUGGCUAGAGGUCUUAUCCAGGAUGAUUUUGUCUGGGUGGGCAGAUUUCUUUCUUGGGAGUCUGUUAUCUCUGGACUCCUGAGUUAGACACAUGAACCAUCAAUAAAUGUUCAAUGAACCAUCA